AUGUCUUCUUCCACAGCCUUGCCUCGUCGUACUCGAGACCUCCGUCCUCGUCGCACCGCUCGACGUCUCUCGGCCCCUACGUCAAAACGGCCAACAUCCCUGCAGCUAUGCAGAGCCCUGCCUCGUUCCCUAGAAGCACUAGAUCUGUCUACGGCGUCUCCUACACAAACUCUAGCAUCUCUCCGUUUUCUUGUUCUUACCUAUCUAGCGGACCUCGAGCGCCGUCUAUCUCAACUAGAAUCCCCCGACUUCGGCGCCUGGAAGCUCCAGGGGGAACUCACAAUAGAAGAGGCGAAGCAAUGGGCUAGGACAGCCCUGGAAAUGCUCGAGGGCAUUCGUGCAGAUGUCUGUUCACAUCUGCCAGAGUUCCACCUCGCCGACCUCUCUCUAGAGACAUUUGUCAAAUCCCAUCUUCCUGACAUCCCCGAUGUACCAAACUUCACGGAAAUGCGCUCCCGUCUUCCAGAUAUGGAAGGCGUGCGCUCCCAUUUUCCUGACAUGGAAGAUGUCCGUUUUGUGUUGCCAGAUAUGGCCGACGUGCGCUCGCAUUUCCCUGAAAUGCCUCAACUACCAGACAUGGACGAUGUCCUAACAGACAUGCGUCUGAAACUAGAUGACGUCCGUACCCGCUUUCAGGACCUUCACUUCCAACAACCUUUACGCUAUAUACCCACACUUUCCAACCACCUCAAGAAUCUACAUUCUCACCUUUCAUCGAUGGAACUUCCAUCGGGGGGCAUAUCAGUCGGCCGAAGCGCGAUGCUUUCAGACCUUCUCGACGCGCUCCUUUCCUCUGAGGUUGUCGCCGAUAUCCUCAACUCAACCCCGGAAGUUAUCCAUGAAGGGGAGGGGAUGCUGGAAAAGGCUGCUCACGAAGUCGCCAGCGCGGUACGACGGUCUUUAGACGGUGUCCGUCUUAUAAAGUACCACGACCUCCCGCACCAGUGGAAAAACAACCCUUUUGUUACCCAAGGUUACCGAUUCAUACCUAUAGAGCGAUGGCCGCUUCUGGUCAUGUCCCUAUUCAAAUUCCAUAACGAAACCCUAAACAUUCACACUCACCUAAUUCCAUUUGUUCUCUGGGGAAUUAGCCUCGUCCCACUUAUUAGCUCUGCCACCCAUGAACUCGAUGCUCCCGAGGUUUGCUUCAUGGCUUUUGCGUUGCUCUGCCUCUUCUUCAGCGCAAUUUGGCACACCAUGUCUGGAUGCGCGGACUCCGCUAGCAUGGAGUUCUGUGCGAGAGUCGACUAUGUCGGCAUUGGCUGGUUGAUCAGCGCCAGCAUUGGCACGGUCGUGUACUACGGUUUUCAACAAUGCUACCCCCAAGUUGGACAUGCGUUCCUCUGUCUAUGCUUCUUGACAGGGCUGGCAGGUAACAUAUUUCCGUUCAUGGCCUGGUUUAACCAGCAUAAAUAUAGAAUGUACCGCAUCGCCUUCUUUGUCUCGAUGGCGUUCUCCGGCAUCGGCCCCAUGGUCGCUUUUGCUAUGCUUCAUUCACGUAAAGAGAUGUUUGACUUUGUUGCUCCAGUUUUCCCAUCUCUCUUAUCAUACGUAAUCGGCCUCUUCUUCUACGCUGCGCACUUCCCCGAACGUAUCCUUCCCGACUCCAUCCGGGAUCGCCUAGACUGUAUCGGGGGAGGAUCUCACGCAAUCUGGCAUUGUUUCAUCGUACUCGCUGUGAGCCAACAUAAAUUUGCGAUGCAAUCGAUGAAAGCAGGGGUCCAGUGUCCUUCAUGA